AAAGUUUUUGUAGGAAAUUUAGCUUUCUCAACAAGUGAACAAGCAUUAUCCGAUUUUUUUAAUAAAACCGGCAAAGUUGUAAAGGCCAACAUUAUUACUCGUGGCACACGUUCUUUAGGAUAUGGUUUUGUUGCUCUUGAAACAGAAGAAGACGCAAAGAAAGUAGUUGAUGAAUUGAAUAAACAAGAAUUAGAUGGCCGUCAAAUCAAUGUAGAAGUUGCCAAGCCCAAAGCUGAAGGUGCUGCUCCUGCUCCUCGUCACACUGGCGGCGAUACCGAAGCUAAUGAUAAUACAGCGGUCACCACUGCCGAAACCCCAACUGCAAAUGGAACCGAAAAUGAACGCCCUAAAAGACGGGGAGGUCGUGGUUUCCCUCGUCGUCGCCCUAAUCAUAUUACAAAAACUGGUGAACCAUCCAAAACUCAUGUCUUUGUUGCAAAUCUUCCAUUUUCUAUCGACGAUGAAGGUUUGAAGGAAAUCUUCAAAGAUUAUAACGUAACCUCAGCUCACGUCGUUCAUCGUCGUACCGGACGUUCAAAGGGUUUUGGAUUCGUUGAAUUGGCUAAUGAAGAAGAACAACGUAAAGCCCUUGAAGGAUUAAAAAACGUUGAAUCAGAAGGCAGAGUAUUGGUCAUUAAAGUUGCGUUGAGCGAUCAA